UGCGGGAAAAAACGGAAAAGGGUUCACUCCACAUUUUCAACCCCCACCCCCCGGUCGUUUUUGUGUCAGAAGAGCCCACCUAUAGCGCCAGGUCCCGUCGGUGGGCUGCCACCUGCACUGAAAUCCACCAGAUCUGCAAGUGCUUCAGAGGGCGGCGUCCAGCAGGCUCCACGACGAACCGUCCAUGGUCUCCUGCUCAGACGCGGCCACCCUGCUGGGAGCCCUGAAGCGCCACGGGUCCGAAAGGCCCAGCGAUCAGGAUUGAGGCAGGAGGGCACUGGGGGUGCAACUAGUGCUAGAGAACAAAGGUGGCAGCAGAAAAUGCCGUCAAGUCACAGCUCACUUCUUUCAACCCGUCGGGUUUUCAAGGCAAGAGACAUUCGGAGGGUGGUGGCCACUGUUAGUAGGUGACUAGCCCGAAAUCAGGCCGCAACAGGCGUCACGUGGAGGAGUGGAGAAUCGAACCUGGUUCUCCUGAGUAGAGCCGGCCGCUCUGAACGACUGAAGCAGGAUGGCUCUCACAGGUGGGCAUGUGCCGGGAGCAAAGUCCCCUGGGCAAGCAACGGGCCAUGCAGACGCUCAUGCAGGGCGCCCCGGCCCUUCCAAAGAACAGGCUGCUCAGCCCCAGCCCGCCUGGCUGGCCUCGAUGGCCCGCAGCCGCCUCCAGGUGAGGUGCAGUCUUCUGCGGGGCCUCCUCCCCUCCCCUCCCCUCCCUCCCUCCCUCCCUCCGGCCCCCGCCCUCUCCGAAGUGUUACUAAUUGAGCCCCCCACCCCCACCCCCACCCCCACCCCGCCCCGUCCUGGCCUUUCAAAAGGCCGCGGCGGCCCCAGCGGAGCCUCAGGCAGCCCUGUCUGCGGCGGACAGUCAGCGUGGGAACGGCCGGGGGCUCGGCCCAGACGGCACCUCCGCCCCGGGGCCGGGCUGCCCAGAGGCACCGGUAGCCGGCAGCCGGUUCCUGGGGGCGGAGAGGACAGGGAUUCUCAAGGUCCCGCUGACGCCCCGCGAGCAGGCGGGAUGGAGGCACCGUCGGCCGUCUCCUUGCCCGAGGGCUGCCGCAGCCGGCCUUCCGCCGAGGAGCCUCGCCGGGCCCCCUUGGCCGACGCCGAGCCGCACGUCCGGGCGCCCCAACAAGGCGGCCGCUGCCUGCGCUGGGCUUGCCGAGCCUGUCAGAAGCACUCGAGCGUCGGCGAGCGGCGCAAGGCGGCCACGCUGCGCGAGCGGCGCCGCCUGAAGAGGGUCAACCAGGCCUUCGAGGCGCUCAAGCGCUGCACCGCCGCCAGCCCGGCCCAGCGCCUGCCCAAGGUCGAGAUCCUGCGCAGCGCCAUCCGCCACAUCCAGCGCCUCCAGCAGCUGCUGCGCCGCCACGCCCGCCGCCCGCCUGGCCCCGGCUCCCAGCCCGCCAGCCCCUCCUCCAGCUGCUCCGACGGCGCGGCUGAAAGUAGCAGCCCCAUGUGGUCCAGGAGAAACAGCUCUUUUGACAAUGCCUACUGCUCUGAUUUCCACAAUGCCUAUUCCUCGGAUGCAAGCAUGGCUCUGUCCAGCCUGGAUUGUUUGUCUAGCAUAGUGGAUCGAAUCUCUUCCUCGGCUCAGCCUGGGUUGCUCUUGCAGGAUGUGGCUUCCCUGUCUCCCAGUGCCAGCCCCGAAUCCCACCCUGACACUCCAGAGACCCCUCAUUCCAGGCUCAUCUAUCACGUACUAUGACCUGCCUGAGACUUUAACCUAAUUUGGAGGAUGUUUGGGCCUGUCACGGCACUCCCAGCGGCUACAUGCAGAGAGUUCUCCACUGAAAUGCGAGGUCCUUGGAAUGCCACUGCCCCACAAAUAUGUACAUAGGACAGAAGUCACUUUAAAUGGUGUACAUUUGUGAAUAGAUGUUUACAAGGGGAUUAAAAUGUAUUUAAUCAAGCCUCCAUAUUUUAAUAUUAUAUACUAUAAAUAUAUGUUGGUUUAAAAUCAUAUCACACUAAACUCUUAGUUAUCAUACAUUUGGAAGUAAUAUACCCAGAAGUAGCUCAGAUAUGAAUUUGUUUUUGAGAUUCUCUACCCCCACGAGGCUAAACUAUGUUAUGUGUAUUUUUAUCUUUUAAUAAAGAUUGGUUGUGCUAGAUUAUUAUCUUUCUCCACCUAAGAAUAGUGCAUGGGAGCCAGGCAAGGCAAGUUUGGGGACACUAGUUGGGACCUGACAAUGCACUGCCAGUUGUUUUAUCAUUACACUUUUACACUGGGUGUAC